UUGAUAUCAUAAUACAGUCUUGGUUUAAAGAUACUAGAUCGAACAUCAAAGCACAGACUUGAGUCAGUUUGCAGGGAAUUAACUUUUAACAAUGUCAGAUAAAAAUUUAAAAGCUAUUCUGUAUCAACAAGGUGAUAUUCGCUUGGAAGACUCGGACAUACCAGAACCAGGCAUGGGCCAGGUACAGAUAUGUGUUCAGCACGUGGGUAUCUGCGGGUCCGACAUCCGCUACUGGCAGGAGGGGGCAAUAGGCGACAAUGUUUUGAAGAUGCCUUGCACACUAGGCCAUGAGUGUUCUGGUAUAGUCAGUAAAGUGGGCAGAAGUGUUGCGUCCCUCAAAGUUGGAGAUAGGGUCGCUGUGGAGCCAAUCAUAUCAUGUAAAUUAUGUAAAAACUGCAAAAGUGGACGCUAUAACUUAUGUUCGGAAAUCAAAUUUAGCGGAUUUCCCCCAACACAUGGAAGUCUUGCAAGAUACAUUGUGCAUUCUGCUCCAUCCUGUUACAAGUUACCAGACCACGUCAGCACUGAGGAGGGAGCUUUGCUGGAGCCCUUGUCCGUCGGUGUUCAUGCAUGCCGUCGGGCUGGUGUCAAACUGGGCAGUAAAGUUCUGAUCUGCGGAGCAGGACCACUAGGCUUACUUACUAUGCUGACGGCUAAAGCAUGUGGUGCUGCUAAAGUUUGCAUUACAGAUUUGGAUGAAAGGAGACUUAAUAUGGCCAAACAACUUGGAGUAGAUUUUGCACUGAAAGUGAACUACAAAGAGCCAAAGGAGAUUGCCGAGCUGGUGGAACAGUACUUUGGUGAAAGGGCCGAGAUAACAAUAGAAUGUAGUGGUGCACCAUCGUGUGCAAGGACAGCUAUCUAUGCAACAAGAUCUGGUGGUUGUGUUGCACUGGUGGGGGUAGGACCUUCUGAUAUAACUCUGCCUAUACUGGAUGCAGCUGUUAGAGAAAUUGACAUCCGCGGUGUGAUGGGCUAUGCUAACUGUUAUAGCACCGCCCUUGAGAUGGUCGCUUCAGGGCAAGUGGAUGUGAAGCCUAUUAUUACACACAUAUUUGGUCUGGAGGAGACAAUGAAGGCGUUCAGGUCCGCCAUCACGGGUGAAGGGAUCAAGAUUAUUAUUAAAUGCAGUCGAAUAUAACGUAUGGGAGAUACGACUGCUUUGUCAUUGGAACAUCUGUCUUGGC